AUGAAUCGUGGACGGUGUUUAGUAAACAUGGUUGAAGAAAGGGACAAAGAAAACAUCAGCCCUAGCUUACUAACCCAACCAGAUACUAGACAGGAGUUUGAACCAAUAAUACAAAAGGAGACGGUAGUAGUGAACAAGUCACUGCUAGAAGAUGACCGCGAGAUGUCAUUAAGUGAUGAAGAUUCAUCUAACGAAACUCAUGCAGCCUUAUCCGUGGAUGAUAAAUCUAUUCCGAGCACAUCUAAACAACAGCAGGCUAGUACACCAAAUUAUUAUAUUUCACCAAUCCAAAGUGACCAAAGUGACUUUGAUGACUCAGGUGAGGAUCCCAAUUUCCAAUUGAAUAAUAAAAGUAAGACACUUUCUAAGAUCGUUCCUUUUGGUUCAUUGCGGUCUUCGUCCAGCACCAGCAAUAGUAGCUCUAAGAGCUCAUCACGUUCUAAUAGCUCGUCAGACACCGAAGAUGAUAGUGUGCAUUUACAUCUUGACCCUCAGAAUACUAAGGUAGCUGAAAUUAAUUCCCAAGAGCUCGUUGUAGAAGAAAAAAGGGUAAAAAGAGGGUACGAAAACCAACGAUGUGGAAAUCGAAAGUUGCGAAAGUGCUGA